UGAUAGUAAUUGUUGUCUUCUUCAGGGUUGAGACAGCCAAGAAGAAGGUGCAGGAAAUGAAGGAAGAGAAGAAGUCUCAGGUGGCAUCCACCCAGCGGAAAGCACGACCAGGAGGACUGAAAGCAAAGCUGGUUACCAAGUCAAAGUCCAUAGAUGUUCCCUUGAAGGAAAGCACAAAAACAUCUAAGGAAGAUGCCAAGGUUAUUCCCAAGCAGCCUACAGUGAAGGAAGAAAAGCCUGAGGAGUCUAAAUCUAAGGAACCAUCCCCAUCUAAGGAGGAGAAAGUGCUGAAGGAAUCAUCUUCAUCCAAGAAUGAAAAGGACGAUGCACCUGUCCAAGAAAGAAAUGAAGUAGCAGAGGAAAAAGGGAAGAUGACUGAUAAGGAGUCUUCGAAAGAUGCUUUGGCUCAAAAGAGGGACAUUGAGAGCAGUACAGAUGCACCAAAGCAGAAAUCUCUCAAAGAAAGAUUCCAGGAACUGUCCAAGGAAAGGGAGGCAAAGAAACAAAAUAUUGCUAAGAAGUCUCAAGAAACCAGGACAACAUCUUCUUCUUCUGAGACAAACAGUUCAGCUGAGAAGCCAUCUAGUGAAAAGGAAACAUCUAAGGAAGAAGCUUCUAAGGAGACGUCCAAGGAGGAGAAAUCCUCCGAACUUCCAGCCGUUGAUGAAUCAGAGGAGAUAUUCCAGGAUGGAGAAUAUUACUGACACUGGUGCAGCAAACAUGUCAUGUGUACUGCUCCUAUCAUCUACAUGUUUGUUUGUUUUGUUUUGUUUCGGUUAUUUAUUGGUCUUCAAGACAACUGGUGGCUGCUUUCCAAGCAGGCGUAUGGCUAGGAGGUACAUGUACAACACAGGGCAUGUAUAUGUGAAAAUGCUGAAAUAAUGCUAACAACAACUUUAUUGCCAAUCAUGCCUGGAUGCUAAUUACAAAUAACAGUAUACAGCAUAGGUCUAUGUUGUACAUUACAGGUGGAAAACAAAUAGAAUAAGGAAUAAUAUCAAUAAAUGUGGAAUAAUUAGAAAUGUGGAAUGCUAUUUCUAUUGCUAUACCCCAGUAUCUGGUAUUGAUGGUUUUUGAGUCCCUUUUUUCUUCCAUAUGAAAGGUGUCACAAUACAGGUUACUGGUACUGAACAUGAAUGUUGAAAUUCUACUGUGAUCAGGCCACACUGUUGUACCACGCCUGUCCCAGGAAGGUAAGCUCCAAGCAGAUGUAAGGAUCCCCCCUUAUUAUCUAUGUUUUCUGCCUGUUUUUGCAACAUUGGUACAAUUUUCCAGUACAAUUU